AUGGAUUAUUCAACCUCGCUUUGCGGAGUGACGUACAGUUUACUUGUAUUUAUGACGUUUAAUAGCUUCUGCUUUUGUGGAUCAAGAAGAGGCGGUGCUUGUCCUGCAGGUGCUGGUGGCGGAACAUGUCGCGGUCGCGGUGAUGACGCGGCCCGCAGCGCGCAGCAUGUCCUGCUGACAUGGCACGCAGCCGCUCCGCCCUCCUUACGCUGGCAGCUAUCGCAACACUCGCCGGUAAUGUGCCCCUAUAUGCGUCUAACAAAAAUAUAUUUGCCCUCUGAAAUUCAAGAGGAAUUUCGAAACAAUUUCUCUGACAUCGCACUUCAGAACUUGGCUCUGUUACAAAUGAAUUUAGUAACAAAAUCGGAUUUUAAGUAG